AUGAAGUUUACUGAGCAUAUAAAGAGAGUUCUUGUAGUAACAGCACAUCGGACAUUUGCGAAAGAGGGCAUCAAGGAACUUGCCAAUAAAGCCGAGAAAAUUGCCGAUGAUGUUGGUGUAGACUGCGACGCUGGAAAACAAAUUUAUCGAUCCAAUCCUGCAGCUUCAUCGUUAACUAAAUAUUUCAAACGCUUCCUGUACUUACCUUAUUUGGACUCUAUAAGGGCCUCUUUAGAACAGUUUUCGAAAGAAAAUACACCGGCUUUUUCAUUAUCGGCCCUACAUCCAUUUCAAAUGCGAAGCAUUAGUCUCAAACAGUUUAAAACUAAUUUAAAUAGUUUUGAAGAAUUUUACAAUUUAAAUGGGAUACAGAGUAAAGAAGAAUUAUAA